CGGGCCCCGCCCCCGGCGGCGGCGGCGGCGGCGGCGGCGGCCCAGCGNGAGGGGGUCAACAGCCGCGGCGACCGUGGCCUCUUCCCGGCCUCGUACGUGCAGGUGAUCCGCGCCCCGGAGCCCGGCCCGGCGGGCGACGGCGGGGGAGCCCCGGCUCGCUACGCCAACGUCCCGCCUGGCGGCUUCGAGCCCCUGCCCGCCGCGCCGCCCGCCUCCUUCAAGCCGCCGCCCGACGCCUUCCAGCCGCUGCUGCAACCGCAGCAGGCGCCGCCGCCGAGCACCUUCCAGCCGCCGGCCGCGGGCUUCCCGUACGGCGGGGGCGCCCUGCAGCCGUCGCCUCAGCAGCUCUACGGCGGCGGCUACCAGGCCAGCGACGAUGACUGGGACGACGAGUGGGACGACAGCUCCACGGUGGCCGACGAACCGGGCGCGCUAGGCAGCGGCGCCUACCCGGACCUCGACGGCUCUUCGUCCGCGGGCGGUGCGGCGGGCCGCUACCGUCUGUCCACGCGCUCGGACCUGUCGCUGGCUUCCCGCGGCGGGUCGGCGCCCCCGCAGCACCACCCGUCCGGGGCCAAGAGCUCCGCUACAGUAAGCCGCAACCUCAACCGCUUCUCCACCUUCGUCAAGUCGGGCGGCGAGGCCUUCGUGCUGGGCGAAGCAUCUGGCUUCGUGAAGGAUGGGGACAAGCUGUGCGUGGUGCUGGGGCCCUACGGCCCUGAGUGGCAGGAGAACCCUUACCCCUUCCAAUGCACCAUCGACGAUCCCACCAAACAGACCAAGUUCAAGGGCAUGAAGAGCUAUAUCUCCUACAAGCUGGUGCCGACGCACACGCAGGUGCCGGUGCACCGGCGCUACAAGCAUUUCGACUGGCUGUACGCGCGCCUGGCGGAGAAGUUCCCCGUUAUCUCGGUGCCCCACCUGCCCGAGAAGCAGGCCACCGGCCGCUUCGAGGAGGACUUCAUCUCCAAACGCAGGAAGGGCCUGAUCUGGUGGAUGAACCACAUGGCCAGCCACCCGGUGCUGGCGCAGUGCGACGUCUUCCAGCACUUCUUGACCUGCCCCAGCAGCACGGACGAGAAGGCCUGGAAGCAAGGCAAGAGGAAGGCCGAGAAAGAUGAGAUGGUGGGCGCCAACUUCUUCCUGACCCUGAGCACGCCCCCCGCCGCCGCCCUCGACCUGCAGGAGGUGGAGAGCAAGAUCGACGGCUUCAAGUGCUUCACCAAGAAGAUGGACGAUAGCGCGCUGCAGCUCAACCACACGGCCAACGAGUUCGCGCGCAAGCAGGUGACAGGCUUCAAGAAGGAGUAUCAGAAGGUGGGCCAGUCCUUCCGCGGCCUCAGCCAGGCCUUUGAGCUGGACCAGCAGGCCUUCUCGGCCGGCCUGAACCAGGCCAUCGCCUUCACCGGAGAUGCCUACGACGCCAUCGGCGAGCUCUUUGCUGAGCAGCCCAGGCAGGACCUGGACCCCGUCAUGGACCUGUUAGCGCUGUAUCAGGGACACCUGGCCAACUUCCCCGACAUCAUUCACGUUCAGAAAGGAGCUCUUACCAAAGUGAAGGAGAGUAGGCGACACGUGGAAGAAGGGAAGAUGGAGCUGCAAAAGGCUGAUGGCAUUCAAGAUCGCUGUAACACUAUUUCUUUUGCCACUUUGGCCGAAAUUCACCACUUCCAUCAAAUUCGAGUAAGAGACUUUAAAUCACAGAUGCAGCAUUUCUUACAACAGCAAAUAAUAUUUUUCCAAAAAGUGACACAGAAGUUGGAAGAAGCUCUUCACAAAUAUGAUAGUGUUUAAUGACUGGACGUUGGGUUGUGGACUUUUUUCAGUUCAAGGAUAUUUCUACAGCAGAAUAAAAACUGCUAUCAAAGAGCUAUUGCCAACUAUCAGUGGUGGUACAAGGAUGGUUUUGUGUUCAACUGAAGCUCCGCUGAAUAUAUAAUUAUGUAGGAAAGAAACAGUUAAUAUGGUUAUAUAAUAGAAACAGUACCACACGUUGUAACUAAAUUAUACUAUGUAUGCCUACACUACCAUUGUAACUUUUGGAAUAAUGAUUAUACUAUUUGCCUUAUUGCUUUUUGAAGUAUGGGUAUUUUAGUGCAUACUUUGUAGACCUCAAAACCCAUGAAGGGUCUCAAAGAAGCUGGCUGGUUAAAAGCCUGCUGUGGAUGCCUUUUUACUCUCAUAGAUUGGGAUUACCUAAAUUCAACCUAUUCUCUGUUUACAAACUCCAACUAGAGCAGCUAUGCGACUUUGUGCCUUUAAACUCUUGGUUUUUCAUUUCUCCACCCCCCUCUCUUUUUUUUAAGCAACCACAACUUCUCUGAUGGAAAGAGUGAAAGGCCAGUGCAUAUAAUGACAAACCUGCUGGUAACCUCAUAUUGGCGCUGGGGGCGGGGUGGGCAUAUCAGCUGUCAUCGGUUUGCAGGGCGAGUUUCGGAUCCCGAUGCCCGCUGGUGAGCAUAGCGGAGGGAGGCCUGAUGCUCAUCUUUGAACAUGACGUCUAUUAGGGAAGAAAACGGUGCCACUCAAUUCCCUUAGAUGCUGUACUAGCAUAGCCUCUUCACUCAAGUGUCCUGGAAACUUGGUGUGGAGAUCGAAACGAACAUGUCUUAAAACAGAGGAGGAGGAGUCUAAUCAGCUGGGGACACAAGCACAGAAUCAGUGAUGACACACACUUGGUUUUAAUUCUUAGGAGGGUUUUCUUUUCUUUUUGUUUCUUUCUUUCUUUUUCUUUUAGCUUGAAGAUUUUAAUAUUUUUUUUUUUUAAUGGAUCUACACUGUUAACUGAUUGAGACUCCACUGUGAUUCACUCGUUUACUUAAUCAAAAACUUUUCAGGGAUGUCUGUAAAAUUCAGUGUUAUACGUGAUUGAAAGUAGUGUUGGUUGAUCUAAAGAGGGACCAGAAAUAAUUUCUACUAUUCCAAAUGCUGAAGGAAAAAAAAAAUUUUUUUUUAAAUAUUGAUAAGCCCCCAGGACAUUUAACCUUAAAAAUUAUUUUAAAUAUAUUCUUUUAUUAUUAUAAGGGAAAUAUGAAUGGCUGAUAAAUACCAAAAAGAUUCAAAAGCAGCUUAAUUUAAAAAGCACAAAGAGAUUCUGGCUGAAGAUGCCAAAAUCUCAAUGUUUUUAUAGUUGCUGAGCUAUAAAUAAUGUGAUUCUUGAGUUUACAGAUUUAAAAAUUGUCACUGAAAGGUUAAAGUAUCUACUGUUUUUAUGAAGUCAGACUUAUGCUGCCUCAGAAGUCCCUGGAUAUUGAAAUGGCAACACGGAAGUAAAGAGGUCAAUUUGAAAUAUUGGUGAGUCACAUUGAUUAAAAAAGAAAGGGUCAAUUUGCAGACAGUCAAAAAAGAAACGAUUAUUGAGAUAAUUACUCAAUAGCACAUUUACUCUAAAAAAUCAUCUCAUAUGGGUUGAGAUUUUAUCAGAGUGUCAUAAUUUUGAUCAAAGUUUUAUACUUUAGGUAACUUAGAGCCAGAUUUAACAUCAUGUGGCUUCGUCUCUACUACAGAUACAUGGAAUUGUAACCAAAUAUAUUGUUCUCUCAAAAGUAACUUCCUCUUGUUGGUUGCAAAAUACAGUUCUACGAACAAAACCCAUAUAUAUAUGUUAAUUUUAUUGCAGAAGUUUGGAGGUUAUAAUUAUAGCAUUUAAUUUAAGUUUGAGUCUGUAUUGGACAGAUAAGCACUAUGCUUUUCAAAUGAUUUGAAAAUCAGUUUUAUUUGCCUCUUUAUUUUGAUGGUGGUUUGAUUUUUUCUUUUUUCUUUUUUUUUUUUUUUUUUAAGUAAAAUCACUAAAGUUGUGCAGUGGUAGCAUGGAAAUUAUCUGAGGUGUCUUUAUGAUUGUGCUUUAGCCAGGGUGGACAUAGCUUAAAUUAUAAAAACUAAAGAUAAAAGUACAAGGAGGUAUAAGUUCAUGCUGCCUACUUAGAAGAGAACUUUUGUUCUUCAUAACUACAUAACAUUAUAAUGCCACUGAUUCAUAAGGGGUUUAAAUGAAUUCUGUGGGGGUAGGACACCAAAAUUAUUAGUGUUCAUUUUCAUCUAAGAUCUUUAUUUCUCUAACGUUCUUGGUCCUAUUGAAACAUUUCAGUAUACAAACAUACUGCAAUGUUAAUACCCAAGAGAAAAGCCAUCAUAAUGUGUAUGCUGGUCAUUAUGAUCGGUGUGGUACAAUUUUUUAAAAUAAACUAUCAUGCCCUUCAUGCCAUUGUCUUUAUUUCUGUAAUUUGUAAUUUUGAUAUGUGAUGUAUUUAUAACAUGAGGGCGUCCACUUGAGCCUGUUUUUUUUGUGUGUGUUUUUUUUUUUUUUAAAUUUUCAUUACAAACGGACUUGUUGGUGUGCUGUAAUUGUCAUGCAGUGAGACUGGGUCUGCAGCCAUGCAUUACAAUCCCGUGACGCUCAGGCUGUUGUAUCUAAAGGUACAGUUUAAACCCAGAACAAGGGAACACAUUGGAAAGUGAAACAAAGUCCGUGCACAUUGGCUUGCAUAGAGAAGUAAUUGGGAAUAGAGUAGUUUGCUGGGCUUCACUGAUAUAGUUGUCAUGCAUGUAUUCGUAACAACACAGCAGAUUCUUAAAUGCCAGGUUUUAAUUGUCUUAUGUUUUGCUGCUGUUCUCAUAAUUAAGGACUUGAAAAAUGUGUCAGUCUGUCAAGUCAAGCAUGUAAAAUUUAUGUAUCGACCUUUAAAUGUCAUUCUUUACCAAGUUCGUUGCUAUAGGGGUUUUUUUCCCCAUUUAUGUCUUCAUUUCCUCAGAAUCAAAUACCAUGUCUGAUACCUUUAAAUCAAUAAGCAUUAUCCAAUUUUCUCAUUUGCAGUCUUAUCUUUGACUAACAGAAGAAGUAAAAUAGGGUAUUAGUUAUUUAUAGACUAAAAAUGUUGAACAUUGUUUUAUUUUAUUCAAAUGUUAUGAUUAGUGCAGAUCAGUCAUGUUUAUCUUUUAAAAAAAUAAACCAAGUUUGCUUUAUUUCUCAGCUUCAGUGGAAUAUGAUAAUUAUUUUUUCUCCAGUACACAAGGAGGCAUUUAUUUAAUGUGAAAGACUUCUAUAGAGAAACAGAAGAGGGUGUUCACUCUCCUAAGCUUCCUUCUGCAGUUGCCAUAGACAUUGUUCAUGAAACGAGCUAGUUUGACUAAAGCCAUUCAGGUUGUCCCACUGAGUAUCUGCUUAUGUUGGCAUCUUCCAUAACUAUGAGGCAUAGAACAGUGAAUUGUGAGAUGUUUUGAAAUAAUAGCUACUGUGAGUCUAGCACCUGACACAUAAUAGGUACUUGAGUAAAGUACUUCAUACCGUCUCUCUUGGGGUCUGUCACUGUUGGUUGCCAGAAAUCAGGCAGCUCAGACCAUCCUCAUUCAAGCUAUAAAAGAUCAUGGAUGGGUACAGGGACCUGGUGAAUCCCACACGAGGCCAAAGUCUCAUCUGGAACUAAGCUUGCCUUCUAAAUGGGGCUUUGUAAUCUCUGUCAGCUUCUUUUCUUUAUGAAUCUGUUUUAUUCUUUUGUCCUUUUUUUACCUUCUGUGGCAUGGCUUUCUCAGCAUCUUCCAGUAUGUCUGAAAUGGCCCAGACAUCUUUUAGUUUCCAGGGUUCCUUAGUUCCCAGGUGUCCUUGGGGGACACCUGACCCAAGCUGGACAAAUCAGCUGUGGGUUGGGAGUGGGGUGGGUAUGAGAUGGAGAGGUUCUCUUAAAGGGUAUGUGAGGGAAGAAAGGAAAUGGUUGAAACCUCUUAAAAUGGACUUCAUGUGGUAGUCCUCACAAUAAACCUGGAGAUUUUAUCUCCUGUUUAUAGAUGAAUUAAAAGGAUCAGAGAUAUCUAGUAUCUUUUGCCCAAGAUUACACAAACUGAGCAAUGGAGCAGAGUCAAAUGGGGAUUUGACUCAAAUCUGUGCUAAUUUAAACCAGAUUACAUUGGAUGCCAUUUCCCUGCUUCUCAGAAACGCCAACACCUUUCCCAGGUCCCCCCUGCUAGAUCGAUAGGUAUUCUCUUCUGCUUUGUGCACUGGGCCUGAAGGUGGUGCAAAGGGAAGCUCUGAAAGUCCCCUCUCUGCAUUCAUUUCUGUUGGGAAAGAUGAGUCUCUGGUCCUGUCACCAUGUCCCCAGCUAUUUAUGUGCUGCUCUGCUCUGUCUCAAUGGGAGAAGCAUUGGCAAGGUGUAACAUUUCCAUAGUGAUAAGAAGGGAGAGAGGAAAUGAACCAAAACCCAGUGGUUUCCCCUUCUCUCCAACUCCCACCUCCAUGCAAAUAGAAGGUUUCAGUUGCUGUCAGAAUAGCUCUGGCAGAACCACAGGACACUAAUGUCAAGUCGAAUGUUGAAUUCCAGUUGGUCAGGGUCACAGUUGGCCAUGGCAAGUUCUACUUGGUCACAGAAGCAACGGAAAUCCUCAUGUAGGGGCGCCUGGGUGGCUCAGUCGUUAAGCGUCUGCCUUUGGCUCAAGGGCAUGAUCCCAGAGUCCUGGGAUCGAGCCCUGCAUCGGGCUUUGUGCUCCAUUGGGAGCCUGCUUCUUUCUCUCCCACUCGCCCUGCUUGUGUUCCCUCUCUUCGCUGGCUAUCUCUCUCUCUGUCAAAUAAAUAAAGAAAAUCUUAAAAAAAAAAAUCCUCAUGUAGUAAGCUCUGGGAAGUAAGGUAGACUUCUAGGUAGAGUACAGAAGGAUGCCUUGCUAGGGAUCUAGGAGCAGGAACCUGGAGAAACCAGCUGGGCAUCUGCCUCCAUCCCCGGCCUCUGGGCUGGGGAGCAGUUAAUCUGGGAUUGGGUCACAGCAAAAGCCUUUCUAGGGAUCACUGGCUCCUCCCACUGGGCUCUGUGUCCAAGAUGUCCCAAUCCCAUCAUUCCUGCAGCAGAGAUGGAGCUCCAAUACUGCUAUAGUGGCGUGUCUGUAGUGGCUCACCCACUUCCUUGGGUGAGCUUGUACCAGAAGUCUGCUUAGGGCAAGGCCAAUUGUCCCUAUGAAGCUACCUUCAAAGGGGCUUAGAAACACGUGGUAUUCCAUUGCUGUGAGUCCCAUCAGCCUAUCUGGAAAUGCUUUCUAACUUGAAAGGGGCCAGAUGCAUCAGACCUUAUUUUAGUAGUGGUUUAAAUUUUCAGUAGCUCCAGGAAAUGGCUCUCGGGGCUUAAUAACUGCUGAGUUGUUGGACUUGUCUGCAAGCACAGUGGGGAAGCUGACCCAGCAUUACAGUGAGCAAGGCUGUAUGCUGGAGCUAGGGGUCACGGCCUCACUUCUCUACUGAGUGACCUCGGACAACUCACCAACCUGCCUCUGAGCCUCCGUUUCCUCAAUGGUAGGACAGGCCUACUUAGAUUUUAUCGAAUUAUUGACAGUGUGAGAUUAACCGGAAAGUAAAGUCCUCAAUCAUUUUGCAGUAUUCCCUUUAUAAAUAACAUGGGAAGUGAUUUAAAAACAAUGCUAGAAGUAGAUACUUAAUAAAUGAUAGCCACAUUCCCAAACACUGGGUGACAAUGAACUAGGCACUUAAUCCCUCUGAGACAGUUUUUUGUCUGCAGUGGGACAUAGUAUCCCCUUCACAGAAGUCUUGUGAAAACUGAAUAACAAAUCAAAAGCCCUGAGCCCAAAGCAUGGCAGGAGUAAGAACAAUAAAGAUCCUCUGUGAUUAUGUGAGAAGGGGUAGGAUGAAGGAUUUAAGCCAUAAGAACUUCGUAUCAGCUCUGCUGUGGAAAAUUAAAGAAUCCACGCUUGGGGCCCAGUCAGGCAGGAGAUCCUACUUUCGGCACGGCUCUUCACCUUCUACCUGCUUUGGCUAGCUCUCCCCCGAUCCAGCCCAACCCCAGGUCCAGGCCCCUCUCCAGGUCCCUGCUCCCAGAACCCUGCACAGUGUCCUCGCGUAUUCCUCCUGGAAGCCUCGUCCAUCACUUCCCAGACUCCAAAUUCCUUCUCUUGCGCUUGGGAGGAGCUCAGCUCUUCAGAGAGAACCCCUUUCCAAUAAGGCUCCCCACUUGGUCUAAAGAGCCAGCUACCAGUAUAUUUAGAAAGUGGUCCUGCAGCUCUUACCAGAAAUAUCUGCAGAAGACAGCUUAGAAUUCUGUUUCUGUACACCAGAUUAAUGAUGAUUGUAUUGAUGUCUGCUGCUUUCACACCUUAAAAAUAAGGUACUUGAAGCCCAGGAUUAAGAGGGGCAGUAUGCUCAGUGUUUAGUAUCUUAGCCCUGACCUCCUGCCAAUUGCAGAUAUUUCUAAAUGACGGUCACUCUGAGAAGUUGAACUUAAUGCCUUUUGGAGUGGCUUUUGGAGUAACCAUGCCCUGAAUCAAAUCAAAUAUUGGUGUAGACCAAGUUUGGUUAGACAGCUUGGUUCUGCUUUUGUUCAACCUAGAAGUUUUAGAAAAUACAGUUUUCGGUUUUAAUGCAAAAUGAUUCCCUUGAGGAGAAAAAUCUUGGAAAAAAAAUAUUGGAGAACAGGUAAGGAUUUAGCAAAUUAGCUUCAGCUUUAAACUGAUGAUGUUUCAGUGUAUCUGUUGGUAUACGUCCACAUCUAGCUUUGAUCAUUUUUUAUCACCUGGCCCAUUUGUGGACUCCCUUGUGAGCCAAUUGGAGUAGCAGGUGCCAGUUACAUAUUUGGUACAAGGCUGCAACGGGGCGUACCAUCAAGUCCCUGAGCCUGUGUUCUUUAUCUGAACCAGCAUACUCACAGGGAAGGUGAAACCUGUACUCCCAGAAAAAGGGCCUUCUUGAAAAAUGUUGCUUUUUAGUGGCUCCUGUUCUGGAAUCCAUGGAAAGAAAAUUUGACCUUUUAGGUGCGCAUGCUGACAGGUGAUUUCAUGAUAAAUUGCACAGUUAUCUGAAGGAUUAAAAACUGUAGGUGUCAUUAAAAAAAAAA